AAACUUAUUUGUUGUUUACAGAUGAAGCGCAUCUUCGGAACCGCCAAGAAAGAGCCUCCACCAGAUCUCAACAAUGCGAUAGCUAACAUCGAAUCUCGAGGGGAAAGCAUUGAGAAGAAGAUACAGAAGUUGGAUGGUGAGCUUGUCAAGUUGCGCGAUCAAAUGUCGAAAAUGCGGGAGGGCCCUAGCAAGAACAUGUUGAAGCAGAAAGCCUUGAGGGUUCUUAAACAAAAGCGGAUGUAUGAGAAUCAAAAAGGUCAGCUGGAUCAACAGGCUUUCAAUAUGGAUCAGAGUAACUUCGCAUUACAAGGAAUGAAAGACAACCAAGUUACCCUUGCUGCAAUGCAAGCGGGAUUGAAAACCAUGCAGAAGGAAUAUAAGAAAGUUAACAUUGAUAAGAUUGAAGAUCUUCAAGAUCAAAUGGAAGACAUGUUGGAUUUGAACAACGAGAUCCAGGAAGCGAUGAGCCGGCAAUAUGAUACGCCAGACAUUGACGAGGCCGAUCUGGAAGCAGAGCUGGCAUUGCUUGGCGAUGAGCUUGAGGGCGAAACCGAUACCGCCUACUUGGAUGAAGCGUUGAAUGCUCCGGGAGUUCCAGUCGCAAAACCAACAAGCUCUAGGGUUGCCGAAGGCUUGGAAGUGGACGAGUUUGGGCUCCCCAAGAUUCCUGCCUCAUAAAGCGAUUGUCAAUGCAUUUUUGUAUAUUUCCGGUUCCUGCACAUUCUACUUUGUUUUCUCUUGUAAUUGAAUAUCAUGACUUGUGUGCUUGAUUAUACUCUGGUCGAAAUAUUGUAGUAGAUAAAAGCUAGUGAAAAUCGAGCCCUUACAUAUUAUAUAAACAACUUCUUGAGGUUUUUACUGCAUGCAUCGUUGCCAUUCAUUGAAUAGUUUGUUUUUUGAAGUGAAAUGAAUAGGUUAUGUGCG